GUGGGAGAAGCGUCCUGGCGCGAGCCGGCCGGCGUCGCGGCGCUGCCCGAGAAAUGAAUCGACAUUCAACCGGUGAACGACGCGCGGUCCGACGCGCAGCCGCGUUCGACGACGCCUCCGAACCUCGGGAAGUCCCUUCGAGUGGAAGUGCCGCGAGUCCCUGAGGACGCCCAGGACGCCUAGGACGCCCAGGACGCCCUACUCGACUCGACGUCUCGGCGUGUCGGCCCAGCGUCGCGACGAGUCCGCUUCGCAGGCACAGGAGGCGGGAAAAGGGGAGGAAAGAGAGAGAGAAGAGCACCGUGACCUUGAGCGCCGAAAAAACUGGCGUCGGGCGCACGUGCGUGCAGGUGCGUCGAAGAUUUUGGAGCUCGACAAUUCCGCUCAUCGGCCGGCAGCGUCCGGAUAACAUUGGCCACCAACUGAACAGUUGUCGAGGGGAUUGAGGACUGAUGUGAAUUCGGCAGGGUACAUCCCAAUCGCUGCGGAAUAAAUCUACCCGAGUGAAGAGUCGGAGGGAAGACAAUCGAAACAUGAGCGCGUUUCCUGAGGAAAGGGUGCCGCCGACGAGGUGCACCCGAAAACUCGAUGAGGAUUCUCCCGACGACAACAUGAACACCAAAUGCCCCAGCACUAAUGGCCAAUUUGGUGCCUCGGAAAAGGAGCAAACCACCGACGAGGUGGAAUACGUGCCGGCGAUAAAAUGGCUCGACCUCGCCGCCCAAGUAUUCAUCCACGCAGGCUGUUUAUACGGUCUAUACUUGGUGCUUGCACAGGCCAAGUUCCUCACGACAUUAUGGGCGUUUCUGACGAUCUACACCUCGGGAUUCGGAAUCACCGCUGGUGCCCACAGACUCUGGUCUCAUCGAGCUUACAAGGCGAAGUGGCCCCUGAGACUUCUUCUAGUCUUCCUCUUCACGAUAACCGGGCAGAGGCACGUUUACGCCUGGGCGCUGGACCACAGAGUCCACCACAAGUACAGUGAGACCGAUGCCGAUCCACACAAUGCAAAGAGAGGAUUCUUCUUCGCCCACGUGGGUUGGCUUUUCACGACUCCGCAUCCCAACGUUGUGGUCAAACGAGGUGCCGUCGACAUGAGCGACCUGGAAGCCGAUCCGAUCGUCAUGUGGCAGAAAAGGCUGUACAUCCCGCUGUUCGCCCUUUUGGCCAUCGCUUUCCCAGUGGUGGUGCCAUGGUACUUCUGGUCCGAAUCCCUGUGGACUUCUUUCUGGGUGAACUUUAACUUCCGCUUCUGCGUCACCCUGAACAUCGCCUUCUUCGUCAAUAGCGUCGCCCAUAUGUGGGGCCAGAGGCCGUAUGACAAGAGCAUUUCUCCAGUGGAGAACGUUGUCGUGUCGAUCGCGGCUCUUGGCGAGGGCUGGCACAAUUAUCACCACGUCUUCCCUUGGGACUAUAAAACCGGCGAACUAGGGGACUAUUCGUUUAACAUCACGACGGGCUUCAUCGAUGCUUUCGCCAGAAUCGGCUGGGCUUACGACCGGAAGUACGUGUCCCCGGAAAUGGUGCGCAGGCGCGCGAAUCGUUCCGGCGACGGAAGUCACGUAUGGGGAUACGGAGAUAGCGAUAUCUCGAUGGAAGAUCGUCGAGAAUUGGAGAUGAUGGACCAAGAGGACUCGGUUAAGCGGACGCAAUCUGCCGACAAUAAUACUUCGUUGUCUAGAGAUCAAUCGAGUAUCGAUCGAUUGAAAUCCUUGUGAAGAUCCUGAAAGAAUUCUCGGCUCUUGAGAACUUUCCGCGAGUCUUUGCAAUCGCUUCGCAAACAUUUGGCACUCUUCUCUGAGUCUGUCUCGCAUUUGAGUUCUUCGAGUACUAUACAUGAAAAAAAAAGAAAAACAAAAAACAAAAGUAACUUGAUAAGAAUUUGACCAAAUCGUUCCCGGCGGACGAUUUUAGAUCCACGUUUCUCCGAUCGGUAGACGGAAGAGGAUCGAAUACCUUUUAAGAUUCAGCUACUUUACGCGGUAAAUCGGAACUGCGAGGAAGGAAUUAAAACAUCACUUAAUAUGCAAAUCCAUUUUGCAACGCAAACGGCAGCGUCCCCCAGUCAUUGUUCAUUAAUGAGUUCGUUGUUAAGCCGACAGAGUAUGAGUCCAGGGGACUUUUUCACUGACAAUAUCGCAUACUAGUCAUAGCAGAAAUUCCUUCAAUUUUAUUCUGCAACAUCCUCACCUUCCUAUCGCCUUUCCGGUUCUGCCGUAUCUUCGACUAAGUACGCGAUAUAUAUAUAUUAGGAUGUAUAUCUUCCUUAGUCUAGAGUAGAAACCGCCAUUUUGCGCAACCAUUUCUACUAUGUACCUUAGAGAGUUUUCCCUGCGUAUGUUUAAUAUAAUUACCGCUUACGUGGACAUAUUCGUAAAAAAUUCGCCGGGUAACGAACGUACGUGCGAGAAACUGCCUGAAGACUUACAGCAAGUACAUUAACUAUGUAUUGAACAGUGAUGAGCCGCGGCCUCGAGAAUACAGAGUUCUGGAACGCGAAUGCCGCGCCUCGUUAAAUAUUAUAAUUUUCCAAGUCGACGUUUCCUCCGCAUUCGAAUUUAUUAAGCAAAUCCUUCGAUUAUCGCGCAAAGUCAGUCGCGAUACCUCUUCGAUAAGACCUUUUCUCAUAGUCCUAAGUGUAACAACUUGGAGUCGUUAAUACGUGUUCGCGAAUUUUCACUCGUCGUUCCUGGGUACUCUUGAAUUUCCCGCAGAAAGUCCUGUAAAAAGAAACUUAAGUCACUUAACCAGCGAACAAUGUCAAAACUACUUUGGCACCUUCUAGAUGAACCUUUACACGAAUUUGCGAUACCUUUUCUUCCUAUCCGAGGUUCGCCGAAGAGGAGCUCUCGGUCUAGGAGUCGGUGAAUUGACUUUUUAAGUGACUUAUGAAUUAUACCAACAACUUAAGUAGGCUCAAUCGCUACUUAAGUACUCGUAUAUUUUGUCUCGUGCCUUCAUCGCUAUAGGCUUUAGACGUCCAUUGUACAAACGACGAACGAGCUAUUGAGAUGUUAAUAUAUAUUAUAAAGUAUAUAUAUAUAUAUUGACGUUUAUAAGUAAUAUUAAUAACAUUUAUGUCUGUGAAAAAUCCCCGCGCGCACGGGGAUAUUAUUACGUUCAGAGAAGAACUAUAUACAAUGAGAAUACCUUCCAUAAUUAUAUACAUAUAUAUUUUUAACAGAAUAAUUAUAUGAUAUAUACUACGCAGUAUAGAAAUACAUCUAUCGUUCUUUACGGUGUAGUCGCUGUUAUUCAAUGCAUCUCUCCGUGUUGCAUGUCAGUAGAUUAUACACUCGAGUGCACAUGCAUGUUUCUAAGCACAUCUGUAUAGAGUAGACCGAAGAUAACAUUAUUUCCUUACACCGAAAAUUACCUACACGUGGAGUCGAAAAUGUCUACCAUCGCAUGAUCGAAAUACAAAUUCCUAAUUUCCUAAUUUUAGACGGCAGAGAUUUUGUUUCUAAUCAAUAGGCUCUCGUCGGAUAACUGAAUAAAUUAUUAGAGGCGUA